AUGUCUCGCUACAGCAGCAACUCUCAACCUCAAUCACGAAACAGUCGACAAGAUUCAGCAAAAUACAUAGAAGAACCUGCAUACGAGUCAAAUCGAGCUUCCAAAUGGUCUGCUGCAGCAGAUAAGGCUACUGGAGGUGGUGGAUUUCAACGAGGAGCGGAAGCCCUAUAUGAUGAGCAAGACGAUUAUGAGGACUUGCAAGUUCGUACAAGGGACAUUCAGCAGGAGAGUUUAUCAUCUACUCGUCGAGCUCUUAUGAGAGUCAGGGAGACUGAAGUGGUAGCUCAGUCCAAUCUUUCGAAGGUGUCUGCUCAAGGAGAACAAUUAAAUCAUAUUGAACGCAAGCUGGACUUGGCCGACCAAAAAGCCUUUGAAGCAGAUGCCAAAACCAAUGAACUAAAAAAACUCAACCGUCCCUUCUUCCUCCCAACAUGGGGUGCCAAAUCCGCACGCAACGAAAACGGUAUCGCUUCUCGUGACGCACAACGUCAAGACCGUGAUAAAGCUCGAGACGAAUCCAAUCAACAACGCAACGACCGCAUGCAACGAGUCAUGGAUGCGCAAGCCAGUAUGGGUCCUCGUGGUGGAUCCUCGUACAGUACUCCAGCUGGCGUAGAACGUGAUGAUACAGAAGAAGAAAUAGAUGUCAAUUUGGAUCAAAUAAGUGGUGGGCUGUCGCGUCUGAAAUUCAUGGCUUCGGCAAUGAAUGAGGAGAUUGAUGGGCAGAAUGGGAGCUUCACGAGGAUUACGACACAGGCUGAUAAAGUUCAGGCUCGUGUUGAUAAUACGCAUAAAAAGGUGCAAAAGUUUUUGCCAAAGAAUCAACGCUCAUAA